CCUCCUCCUCUCCUCCGCGAUUCCCGUCACCGCCCGGUGACCCAAAUGGCCAACACUCGCCGGCUCAGCAAGAUCAAGAGCGUUCUCAAGCGCUGGCACUCAUCCAGCCGUCUAGGCUCCUCCUCCUCCUCCUCAUCCAUCUCCCGAGAUUACGACACGUGGCACCCCUCCACCACGGACGGUGAUCCCGUGCCAUCCGGUCUCCACGCGGUGCUCGUCGGCAAAGAUCGCCGCCGCUACCUAAUCCGCGCUGACCUCGUCGAUCACCCCGUAUUCCGCCGUCUCGCCGGACACGACGUCAACGCCGGCGGCGACGCCACCGUCGUCGGCUGCGAGGUCGUCCUCUUCGAGCACUUGCUUUGGAUGCUCGAGAACUCCGAUCCCGCCACCGAGUCACUCGACGAUCUCGCUCAGUUCUAUGAGUGUUGACUCGCUGGCGCACUUUAACCCUUUUACACUGUUCCCGCGAUUAAACUACCGCUUCUGGCCACGGUUUGCUCAUAUACCCCUCCAAAAAUUUGAAAAAAA